AAGCGACACCCACUCAAUUCAUUCAAACUUAUUAGCUGAAUACUUUUAUUUUUUUUAGAAAAAGUAAAGGUAUCAGUGAAAUGAAAAUUAUAAUAUUUGUUUGUUUUAUAUUGAUUUUUUAUCUUCCCAUUCAAAAAAAGCAUGUGAAUUCUCAACAACAAGGAAUUGAUUCGGAUGAUGGAGAUGCUGAGUCGUUUUUCAACAAAUCUUACUCCGAGCACCAAAGUGCAUUGGAACAGAAAAUAUUUCGUGGAUAUAAUCCAAAAAAUCGUCCAAUGAAAAAUGCAUCAUUUCCUACAAUUGUUGAUGUUCAUUGGCAUAUCAUCCACGUGUCAAUUAAUCAAAGAGAGCAGACAAUGACAGUUCAUGGACAUAUUUAUAUGAGAUGGUUCGACGAAUUUCUCGUCUGGGAUCCAAAAGAUUUCAACAAUAUUCAAUACGCAAGAGUAAAAAAAUGGCAGGUAUGGCAGCCGAAGAUAAAAGUUUCCAACAGUGCAUCCGGUCUGGGAUCGGCGUUUGAUUUCUCCACAAGUGCUCAUGUCAUAAUUCAAAUGAUGGGGAAAGAUAGAGCAAAAGUUGAAAUGUAUCCAACAUUCUCAAUCAAAGUCGGAUGCGCAUUUGAUUUUACCGACUAUCCAUACGAUUUGAAUAAGUGUGCAAUCAAUUUGUUUUCAACAUCAACAAUGGCUGAUGUACAACUUCAGAAUUUAUAUGCCAUCCCACCAACACUGAGUUUUGGCUGGGAAGAACAAAAAAUGAAGCGAAUAAUAUCGGAUUUCAAAAUCCAAAACGUCUCAAGCUCAGCACUUUACUACACAAACGGAAACAUCACUUCAUCGGCCCCAAUUACUGGAUUUGAUCUGGGCUCUACUUGGUCUAUGCUGGCAGUUACUGUCAGUUUUGUACGGCAUUCCCCUUUGUUUGAAGCGGCAGUUGUGACACCGUGUAUAGUAGUAGCAUCUCUAAUAUCCAUGACGUUCUUUAUCGAUUCGCUAUCUUCAACAUUUCUCUUGAUGAUGCUUCAUUUUUAUGUUCAACUGAUAUUCCUCCAUGAUCUGGUAGAAAAACUUCCUUUAUCGGUUUCUGAAAUUCCAUUUUGCAUUAAAUUGAUUGGAAUUCUUAUGUAUACAAACGGUUUAACUCUUGUACUCCAUUCGUCUUUGCUAUGUGGCAGCUAUUACAAGUGCCCAGUUCCACAGCAACUCAACAAAAUAUUUGUGAUUGAAGAAUACAUUCCUAAUACGUUCAAGGAAAAGGUUCAGAUUAAAAAAGAAGAAAGCAACAAAAGCUGGAGAGAUCUCAUGAAACUGAUCAGACCAAUUAUUGGGUUCGUUCUAAUCAUCCUGCUUAUUUGUAUGUUUUUCGUUUGCCUUUUAUUGUGAUUUUGGAUGAAAAUUGAGAAUAAACGUUAAUAAUUUAAAAUGAA